GACAUGUCAUUUUCAAGAUGUAUCAUUGGUCCAAACUUUUGACUUCUAAAAGUCCAUAAAAGCUUUCUAUAAUUAGCAAGAAAAUUUUACCCCGGAAAAUGCUAAAUACCAUUGCUUCCGGAACACGUAACACCGCUCACUGCUUUCUGUUUCCUUUUUUGGUUCCUUACGCUAUUUCUCUUCCACCAUCAAUGACAAAAUAUCUCAAUCAUUUUCCCCUUAUCCUUCUCUCCUAUCAUCUUCCUCAGAUUAACUCUAUACUGUGUUCUGAAGAAUAGUAUUUGAAAUUUCUGCAAUAAUGGGAUAUAUGGACUUGGCGUUAUCGUAUUCGAAUCAAAUGCGGAUUGUUGAAGCUCCCGCAAGCGGAGGUGGUCUCAGUCAGAAUGGAAAAUUCAGCUAUGGAUAUGCAAGCUCAGCUGGGAAGAGAUCAUCUAUGGAAGACUUUUUUGAGACGAGGAUCGAUGGUAUUGAUGGAGAAAUCGUCGGUCUAUUUGGAGUCUUUGAUGGACAUGGUGGAGCAAGAGCAGCUGAGUAUGUGAAGCGUCAUCUUUUCAGCAAUCUUAUUACUCAUCCUAAGUUCAUCUCUGAUACCAAAUCUGCAAUAGCUGAUGCAUAUACUCAUACAGACUCUGAACUUCUCAAGUCAGAAAAUAGUCACACUAGAGAUGCUGGUUCUACUGCUUCCACAGCUAUUCUUGUUGGUGAUCGUUUACUUGUUGCUAAUGUUGGUGAUUCCAGAGCUGUUAUAUGUCGAGGCGGAAAUGGUAUUUUAUUGAGAUUUUUGAUAAGUCAUCAUGACUCUUGGUACUAUCUCUUGAUAUCUUCUGAAAUGAAUUUAUGUGCUCUUGUAGCCUUUGCUGUGUCAAGAGACCAUAAACCUGACCAAAGUGAUGAACGUGAACGGAUUGAGAAUGCUGGUGGUUUUGUGAUGUGGGCAGGGACUUGGAGAGUUGGAGGAGUUCUUGCAGUUUCUCGCGCCUUUGGUGAUCGAUUGCUGAAACAGUAUGUUGUUGCUGAUCCAGAAAUUCAGGUAUGUAAUAUACCUUCACUUACAUAUGUACUCUAUCUACCACAUACAUGUACUUAUGUUUUAAGGUCAUGUCUUGAACUUCAGGAAGAGAAGAUUGAUGAUUCUCUUGAAUUUCUGAUUCUUGCUAGCGAUGGACUAUGGGAUGUUUUCUCCAAUGAGGAAGCGGUUGCAGUGGUGAAAGAAGUUGAAGAUCCGGAAGAGUCCACCAAGAAACUUGUGGGCGAAGCAAUUCGGAGAGGAAGUGCAGACAAUAUUACAUGUGUAGUCGUACGUUUCUUGGAGAGCAAGACUGCUAACAACAAUGGUUCCAGCUCAUCCGAGGAAGCAAAUCAAGUUCAAACCGCUGUUAGAAAUGACUCAGACCACAAGAACUUAACCAAAGAAACCAAUCAAGACCAUAUUGCAGUACACAGAGACUUGGACUGCAGCAACGCUGACAAUGAAAACCUGAACCAAAAGCCAAUCGCGGUUACAGCAGCAGGACGCAGCGUUUCUUCAGAACAGAGUGGUUUAGCCGAGGAAAAGAAUCAAAUGCCAAUCGCAAUUCGCAGCGGCUCAGAUCUCAAGAGCUCAUCAACCAAGGUACCUAAUCAAGGGAAAAUCACAGUACACAACGAUUCCGACAGUAGCAUUGCGAAUCAGAAGCCGGUAGCAGCAACACACACCUCUUCCUUAGAACAGAGCGGAUCAACCAGUGAAAAGAAUCGAAAAUCAAUCCAAGUUCAUAGCGAUUCCCCCGCAAGCAGGACAAGUAGUAGCACUCCCUCUAUCUUUAACUGAAACGUCCACUGACUUCAGAAUGAUCUUCAUUUAACUUUGAACUGUCCAAAGAUUUUGCCUCAGACUAAUUUGUGUCGUAUAUAUAAGUUUCUUUUCUUUGCCAUCCUUUGUUCCUAAGGUCUUAACUUCAAUAAUGUAAUUCUUCUUUUGAGGUGUACUAAUAAACUUGUAAAUUUUUUAAUUUAUUGACUCUAAAUGGUCAACAAAUGUGAUUAAAAUAUCCAUCACAAAACCUAAAUCGUCAUUGAUGCACACAUAAACAAAACAUAAUUCAAAAUCACAUGAUAUAUACAAACACAGGUUACUUAUAAACACCACCACUCACUUCUCUUCCUCUCGCCCACAACUAAU